AUGACCAGUGAAGACAAACGCUUGAGUAGAUUUUCUCUUCCAGAAUCGGAAGAUAAAACGUUGUGGCUAAACAAUGUUCCUAAAAGGGUAAUCCCGUCCCACUUGGUGAAAAGGUCAAACAGAGGUUUCAACAUAGAUUCUGUAAAAAGGAACGACAACUCCAAUUCUAGCUCGUCGUCCAAUAACAAGAGUGCUGUUAACGGGUAUAACUACACUAGUUUUGGUGAACAGAAAUCCAACCAAAAGUCGAUCCCUGGUUCAAACAAGGAACUAGGUGCGUCGGGAUUCUUAGAUGAAGGGUUGAGUGAUCUUCCUCCGAGAAAAUCAAUCUACGAUUUCGGAAGUGAUGACGACGAUAAUGUUGAUCAUUUGGAGCCUGAGAAGCAUCUGUUUAAAACAAAUGAUGAGAUCAUCAACGACCCCAGGGCAUUCAGUAAUAUUUUCAACCCAAAGCCAAGAUUUGGGUCUUCCACAACUGCACACAGUAAUAAUAAAGCUCCUUUCAAGGAAACAUUUUCUAGAGAUAUACCUUCAAAUUUUAAAAGGGAAAAUUUGGAACCUAUAACGAAUGGAGAGUCGGCAGUGUUGUUGUUUGGGUACAACGAUUCUAGCUUUGAGAGCCUGAUACAAAGAUUUUCCAAGUUUGGUGAGAUUCUAGAAGAUUUCCAUAUCGGCACAGGAAUUAGUGGGUUUUCAACUAUAGGAAGCUCUACGCCGUUGAAAAGGAAGAGCAAGAGUUCCUCAACCUCAAGAUCAGUGUAUCCUAUUUUUGUUGGUAAACAGUGGGUCAAGAUUACUUACGACAACCCAUCAUCAGCAAUUCGUGCAUUGAAGGAAAAUGGUGUUAUUGUAGACGAUCAUAUGGUAGGCGUAAUCCCUUAUACAAAAUCUGCAUUGGAGACUCUACUCAAUGCUAAAAUUAGUGAUAGUGAUGAUAUUGGAGACACUUUGGGAAACAUUUCUUUCGGAUCUCCCAGUAAACCCUUAGCCAGCGAGGGAAGUGACGGUUUGGAGAACAACGGAUUCAAGCCUCUAAGUCAUGCAUCUCAAUCGUUUAAGAUCAAAGAUGGAACCCAACUAUUCAAAAGCACGGCCAAAGAGGAAGAGCUGAAAAAACAGAAAGAAGCACAGCAAAGUGUUGGUUUAUUGGGUAAAGUAUCACAAUCUUUAUUCGGAUUUAGCGUGGUUUAA